GACGCACAGAGCGCGCGCAUACGGCUGUGUUCUUCUUGUUUUGAGAGCUCUGGAAUUAAAGCCUGCAGUUAACAUUUUUUUUUCUCAUCCGGUUUCAGUAUGUCAACUCGACAAGAGACGGAGAAAGACUUCAUACAAGAGGACGUGGAAGAUGUAUUCAGUCUUAACCUGGAUCCGGGGACACCUCCUACAGAGUGUUUGUGCUGCAAUGGUGAAGAUCAGCACACAGAGAGGACUCUGUUAAAGAUGUGUACAGUGAGAUUGGUGGACUUCAGGAAAAUAGAGGGUCUGCGUGCAAAAAUAUUAUCAGAAGGAAUUCUUCUUACUGGAGUUUCAGAUGAAUCCAGCAUGUUUGAUGGAGAUCAGAAGCCACUGCAGGCUCAAUUAAAGAUGAAUUCAUUGAGUCCAGAAGUGGAUUGUGGAAAAAUUGCUGUUGAUCAACCAGAAGGAGGGGCUUUUUAUCAUAAAUACAAACACAGCAAUUUCAUUUCUUCCAGUAUAUCCAUCAAGUCAUCUUUUGAUCAAGGGGAUGAAUCUACCAAUCAAGAAAAGCUUAUGAAAGGAGAGAGCUUCAGAAUAGUUAAGUCUGUAAGGAAUUCCUUUGCAUUACAUCAUGCAGGCAAACGUAAUGCAUUUCAUACAGGCCAAAGGGCAUAUCAGUGCAAUGAAUGCAGUACGAGUUUCAGUAGUUCAUCAGACUUUACAAGACAUCAGAAAAUGCAUACAAGAGAGAAGUCUUAUCAUUGCACGCAAUGUGGAAAAGAGUUUUCAAAAGGCUCAUAUCUGCAGCGGCAUCAGAAAGUGCACACUAGAUUUAAACCUUACAGCCAUUCUGAGCAUGGCGAGACUUUCACUCAGACGUCAAGCCUUACAAUGGACGAUCUAGUGCAUACUGAAGAAAAGCCCUACUUGUGCACACAGUGUGGAAAACAAUUCUCAAGCUUGUUAGGUGUUCGGAGACACAAGAAAAUACACAGUCAAGAGAGGCCUCAUCAGUGCUCCGAGUGUGGUAAGGAGUUCCUAUCUUCCAGCAGAUUAAGGAUUCACAAGAAAACACACACCCAAGAGAAGCUCCAUCAGUGUUUUGAGUGUGGUAAAAAAUUUGUACAUUCGUCAACCUUAAACCUUCACAAGAGAAUACAUACACAAGAGAAGCGUUUUCAGUGCUCAGAGUGUGGUAAACAGUUCAUACAGUCUUCGUCUCUUAAACAUCAUAAGAGAAUACAUACUGGGGAAAAACCAUACAAGUGUUCUGAAUGUGACAAAGCAUUUCCUCAUUCUUCAGCCCUUAUAGUACACAAAAGGCUACAUAGUGGACAAAAGCCGUACUACUGUGACCUGUGUGGAAAACAGUUUUCACAAUCAACACAUCUGCGCACUCACCAGAGAGUCCACACUGGAGUAAAACCUUACAUCUGCUCUCAUUGCGGCAAAUCUUUCACUCAGUCAUCGCAUCUUUCAGUGCACAAGCUGUUGCACACUGGACAGAAGCCUUACUGCUGCUCUAUCUGUGGCAAAGGAUUCGCAACACCAGGCUACCUUAAGCUGCACCUGAGAAUUCAUACCGGCGAAAAGCCGUACCAGUGUUCUGUGUGUGGAUGGUCUUUCACUCAGUCCCACAGCCUCAAAGAGCAUCUUGGAAAACACUGGAGAGAAGCCUUUGCCAGUGUUUAAAGUUCAACAGGACAUUCAGAGUUUGGUGACCUUAAAUGCCAAAGUUGACGUGAACAUUUCCUUCACUUUUCCCUUCAAAUUUGAGUUGAACUGUGCUCUUAAUGAAGGUCUCACCAGUCACAGACUUCAUGUUUAUGUCUGGUAUGGUAAGCUUAAAACUUCUUGGCACUCCAAGAGAACAGGCAAAAAUGACUUUAAAAUUUCAAACAAACUGUUAUGCUGUAUCACAAAUGAUUAGUAUCAUGAUCUUUUCAGGGCGGCAUGAUGGUUAACACUGUCGCCUCACAGCAAGAAGGUUCUGGAUUCGAGCUCAGGGGCCGACUGAGGCCUUUCUGUGCGGAGUUUGCAUGUUCUCCCCGUGUCUGCGUGGGUUUCCUCCGGUUUCCCCUGCAGUCCAAAGACAUGCAGGUUAGGCUAAUUGGAGGCUCUAAAUUGACCGUAGGUGUGAAUGUGAGUGUGAAUGGUUGUUUGUCUCUAUGUGUCAGCCCUGCGACUUGGCGACUUGUCCAGGGUGUACCCCGCCUCUCACCCAUAGUC